UGCCUUGCGUCUUGCUUGUGGCUGUCCGGAUUAGACGUAUCGUUUUACAGUACUGCAGGUUGAAAAAGUCCUAUUUUCUGUCGGGCGCGCUGAGGGAUGUUUUGGCGUAUAGGCGCUACGUUUUAGGGUGUUGCCAUUUUGACGUUGCCUAGCAUCCUCCAAGCCCGAGAUUUUGGAUAGUUAGUUUGGAACUGCAACAAGAUGAUGAUGAAAAUCUUGCAAGCUACUGUAAUGCUCGAGUUUAUGCCAGAGCUCUGCUGUAACGUAAAUAUUAGCUGUAGCAGUGAGUAGGGAUUUAUGGAAUUGCAUGUAUUUGGAGACUUAGAGAGCAGGAGGAGUAGAGGCUGGACGUUGGGUGUGUGAUAUACGAGUUCUCAACUUUCGCAGGGGAUCUUAGUGAGAGAUUGGGGCAUGUAUAGUUUGAGUGAAGCGAUCUGGUUUGAUCUUGGCUAAGUACAGUGAUGAUUGAUGAACAACACAGUACAUGUGCACGCAGAUCCCUAGUUUUUUUCUUUCCUUCUUUCUGUACUGGAAUCAUGAUACGGACUGGAAAACUCUUUGUCGGUGCGCUGGAAUAAUGUUUAAACAAUGGUAGAGUCGGGGCGGAUUUUUGCUGUUGCGCAAUGUAGUGCGGAGAGAAAGUUAUUCUCAGUGCCAAGAUUAUACCUGAGAUUGCGGAGCUUAGCUGAUCCCGGCCAAAUGCAGCGUCCUGGUUCUUUUACUCCUUUUCCGUAGCUCUGGAUUCACUUUCAUUUUGGGGAUGAUAGUACCUUUUUUGGUUGACACUCUGAUGCUCUAAGACCAUGAAGGCAUUGCAGCUACAUCCAUGGUAUGAUAAAUUUUGCAGUGGAUCCCCGCAGCAUGUUGUGUAGCAGAGGGAUCUUGAUAUGGAGAUUGAGAUGGACAUUACAGCGUAGGAAUGUGGUUGGAGGGGGGUAGAAGGCGUUCAUAACAGCAUAAUCAGUCCAGGUUGAGGCUCAGUGUCGGGAGUGUGAGGAAAGCUGAGGGCUUGUGUAGUUUAUGAGCCGUGGGAAGGGAUAGGUUGUAUGCAACAGAGAGAGGGAGAUUGAUGAGAGCAAGAGGGCCAGCGGAAGGGAGAUUAGGGGUGGGUGAGAGGAUUUGGAGAGCGAGGGGAACCAAAGUUUCUCCUCGCUGGCGCCAGACAAGGACACCCCUGGAGGGUGCGCUGCCGGGUCGGGUUGUUUUUGUUGUGGAUUCCGGUCGAAGGAAGCCUCUGGACGGUGCAAAGAGGCUUCACACCCGCCGGCAGUGCACGGGGAUGCUGCUAUGGCCCCCUCUGCACCUAUAACAUUUGUUCCUCCAUUGCCUUCACCUGGAUUCGGAUCCAGCGAUCGACUCGUCGCCCAGUCCAACGGUUGUGCCUUAGGUUCCACCCAGAAAUUACCAGGCAAGAGUAAUUUGAAACAUAAGACUUCGAUACCUUCCAAUUCUCAUCCCGGCAAUGGAUCUUCUACCAUGGAUGGCAAAGAUAGAUUUGGAGAGUCGGAGGACAUUAUUGGCGAGCGUGUUCAAGGCCAAGGUGAGAGGGGGACGAAAGUGCAAUGGCUUGAUAACUAUGGGAAGGACUUGACGGAAGUUUUUGAGUUUGAGCCCAGUAGCGAUUCGGAUGAUUCUGAAGACUCUGACGACGAGGAUUCUUCACAGGCCUGCACAUGCGUGAUUCAAUGACAGCUGUAGUGUAAUGGAUCUAAGGUUUGGAGAAAGAAGAUCUGGCUAGGUUUCAUUACUUGAGUGCGUGUAUUUGUAUGACCCUCUGCUGGGAGUUCCCAUUGGGAGGACAGCAUGUACCGUAGCAGACCUUUUAUGGAUUGUGAGGAAAGCCGGGACGGAGUUUCAAGCGGGGUUGAACGGUCCCUCUUUGUCCAUGGGGUGGACUAUUGUCCAUAACCAUCCUUGUUUGUUAAGGACGGAGUAUUUACAAGAAGCGCUGUCCAGGAGAAGCAGGCAGUCCUUUUUCAGAGGAGCCGUGGAUUUUUGCAGAAAGCUGGCUGGUAAGAAGAAUUGGGACAAUUUCCAAGAUUCCAGCUCGGAACUCGGUGUCCUUGAGCUAGUACGCUGGACGGCGACUGGGUAUGAUAAGCGGAGUCUGACCGUUCGACAUGCAUGAUACCUUCUCACUGUGCCAUGCUUCAUGGCGAAUCAGGAACCAAUACAGCAGUUUUGAACGUGCACCCAAUGUGGAAAGCAACGGGUAUGAGAACGGAGCGGUACGUGGCAAUCAACUGAGUUGCCGACUGAGACUAGAUGUGCUGCAGUUUAGCCCGCUGUUUGCUGGUCGGUGACAGAUAGAGAAGUGGAAGUGUGAUACUUGGUUGGAAAGCUCGAGUAGUUAGGCAACGUGGGGUGCUAUCCUUGAGCACCUGUGGCGCUCCACCGGUAUUGGCCCGCGAAGUCUCGUCCAGGAUGGGAAAGUCUAGCAUGAUUGUAGACAUAUAAAUGAGUGCACGUGAUUCUUCCAACUUCCUCAGUCGCUUUGUAGCUGGAGCAAUCCCAUGUAAAUGUUGUUUUUAUGUUUUUCAAAGAUGAGCGUUUGUUGCUUGUUUCCUUAGCGGGGUUGGUCGGAAAGAAUCCGUCGAUGGUUAGGAUGUGGUCAUGUACGACUUUUUAGCAGAUGCCUUGCCUGCGAGUCAGGGUUCACAGCUGUGUUUGUAUUUGCAUUCUUUAAGGAGACUUGGUCUGCUAGCCUCAGAACCCCCUCGGCAUCAGGUAUCACGAUGAGUUGAUGGGCGGUUUCACUGCAUCAGCGCUGUAUUCAUUAAUUCGAAUCGCAAGGUCAGCACUCGUAAUGCUAGCACAAGGGUAAAGAGUUGAGUGAAGAACCACAUCUCUAUAAAUGGACUAUCUUCAACGGCAGUGGAUUUAUUGACAGGGCAAUCUGAACAGUUUUUGUGACAGACUCUCAAGGAUGACGACUGCUACCAAAAAAACUAAUUAGAAUCGUAGUAUCAUUUUCAGUUUCUAGUUUCUUCAUACCAAUGCUGUCAGUGCAUUUUUGCGGUAUGAAAUAAAGUUUUUCACCAAUUUAAGAGGUAUUUGCUACUCA